UGAUGUUACUCCCGUUGUAGCUAGCAGAGUACUUUCCUUGUUGUAUGCGCUCCUUUGUGGGGGGAUAUUAUAAAUUAUAAUUUUCUUUUAGUUUUAAUAAAAAUUGGCGACAUGGCGGGGAACUUCUGGCAGAGUUCUCAUUAUCUGCAGUGGGUUCUGGAUAAGCAGGAUCUAAUGAAGGAGCGCCAAAAGGAUCUGAAGUUCCUCACAGAAGAGGAAUACUGGAAGCUGCAGAUAUUUUUCGCUAAUGUGAUCCAGGCUUUGGGUGAGCAUCUGAAGCUCAGACAGCAGGUCAUUGCCACUGCCACAGUCUACUUCAAACGCUUCUAUGCCAGGUAUUCUCUUAAAAGUAUAGAUCCUGUGCUCAUGGCGCCAACCUGUGUUUUUCUGGCCUCUAAAGUUGAGGAAUUUGGCGUGGUGUCCAACACCAGGCUGAUUUCUGCUGCAACAUCUGUUUUGAAAACCAGGUUUUCCUAUGCCUUUCCAAAGGAGUUUCCCUACAGAAUGAAUCAUAUAUUAGAGUGUGAGUUCUACCUUUUGGAGUUGAUGGACUGCUGCCUGAUCGUGUACCAUCCCUAUAGACCACUGCUGCAGUACGUGCAGGAUAUGGGACAGGAGGACAUGCUGCUGCCUCUGGCCUGGCGAAUAGUGAAUGACACCUACAGGACAGAUCUCUGCCUGCUCUACCCUCCCUUCAUGAUUGCCCUGGCCUGCCUUCAUGUUGCAUGUGUUGUGCAACAAAAAGAUGCCAGGCAGUGGUUUUCUGAGCUCAGCGUGGACAUGGACAAAAUCCUGGAGAUCAUCCGUGUCAUUCUGAAGCUCUAUGACCAGUGGAAAAAUUUUGAUGACAGGAAGGAGAUCCCUGCUGUUCUAAACAAGAUGCCCAAACCCAAACCACCUCCAAACAGUGAAAGUGAUCAGAGCUCUAAUGGCAACCAAAGCAACUCCUACAGCCAGUCUUAGCACUUUGGCUGCAUCUCCAUCAGAGUCCUGAUUGAUAAACUUUUUGGGGGGGUGUUUUCAGGCACACAGAACAAUCUUUGCAGUAUCACAGAGAUAACCUGGUCAGAAUGUCCUUCAUAUAUGGAUACCCCAAUGACCUCUUGAGGUCACUCAGCUACCUUUGCUCUGAUUAUUAUGGAUUCAUGGACU